UUUAGAGGUUUCUUUCAGCGCGUCUUGGUGCAAAGGCUUACUUGCUUGCUAGCAAGCCAACGACGACAUAUAGAGCCCUAUUGAGGUUCUGAAAUGUGCUACGUUUGUGUGGGUCACAAUGUGGUACCUUCAGAGCGUGUCAAAAGCUGGUAAGUUGACUCGCAUACGCUGCAAAUCGAAUGUCUGCUAGAAACUUCGUUACCUGCAGCCCGGCGCUAUUCCCUGGUCCCUGGCAGGGAAAUGGUGGUCGGAAGAAAAGACUGUGACAUUCUACUGAGUGGAGAUGGGAGUGUUAGUAGGAGACAUGCCACUCUCUGUGUCAGUGAGGGAAAUCCGGGUGUGGUUACUGUAACAGACUGCAAGUCAAAGUUUGGCACAGCUGUCAACGGCAAACGAAUGGGGGCAAGUCAGAAACUGGAGCUAAAACAAAACGACAUCGUCACCUUUGGUCAGGGAGUGCCUUCUACCCACUCCAGAUUCAGGUUGGUGUACGAGCCGCUGGUGUUCUGCUGCUCGGCCAUGAGUAAACCAGAGAGUGUGAGGCUGAAACAGGAGGCCGGGUCUCUGGGGGCCGAGGUGGUGAGCAGCUGGAGCCAUCGCUGCAGCCACCUCAUCAUGACCAACAUCACUGUCACCGUCAAGGUGGUGUGUGCCUUGUCCAGCUGUAAGCCAGUGGUGUCUCCUGACUGGGUCAGAGAGGCAGUACGCUGUCGCCGGUCCUCCCUCCCUCUCCCCGCUCCCUCUGCCUACCAGCCUCAGGUCGUGGACUCAAACCUCGCCGGUUGCGGGGAAGACAGACAAGCUGUCUUGUUUGCCCCGGAUUACAACAGGACCGCCCUGUUUAAGGAUCGGGUUUUCUACUUUCUAUCAGAGAAACAGUUGGGGCGACUGAGGUCGUGUCUGGAACCAGCAGGGGCGACUCUUCGUCUCGUCAGCUCCCCACAGUCAGCGUCGCUGGACUCUCUGGUAGCCCGGGACGCCGUCGUUCUGGCUCUCGACGGAGACCUCGUUAAACAGGCCACGCCUCCCGAGCAGAAGUGGAUUAAACAAGUCUAUCUGUUUCUCAAAAGUCACGAUGUGAGGGCAGUGCAGGACUCUGAGAUUGGGUUUGCUCUCCUCUACACAUCCACUGAGGAAUACUGCAACCCCAGAGCCAGUCCUAAAAUGCCAGCGUCCAACACACCAAUGGCUCCGCCCACCCUCUCCCAGGCUCCGCCCUCCCAGCCCCACUCCUCCCACCAUCACACCCUCCCCUUCACUCAGGAGCCCGAACCAGGACCCUGCGGACACACCACCAUCCUUGCCCCUGACUCAAUUGACCAAUCACAGCCCGGACCCUCCCACGCGAAGGGCAGGACGAGCUCGUGUAGUGCUCUUAAAGUCAACGAGACCGUGUUCCCUGUUAAGAGCCCGUCAGAUAAGAGCCCACUGGUCGAUAAGAGCUCGGUGCUCGUUAAAACCGAAGAGCCUUCAGAGGCCAUUACAGAUGUGACCCAUCUACCAAGCAAAAUUCCAGUUAAGCAACCACGUGGAAAAGAUAAGCGUCCACCGGAGGCCACUAGCACCGCAGCGAAUGCCUCAUCUAUUGCACCUGCUGCUCCUAAGACUGCUGUGCAACCUUCAGAGUCAGCCGCAAAUAAAGAAGUAAAGGCAGAACCGCUCGAUUUUCUGUUUGGUGACGAAGAUGAAGAAGAGGUAAUGGAGGAAGGGCCCGCUCCGCCUCUUGUUGGAAGGGGAGAAAGGCAGGAGGGAGGAGAAGCGAAGAGACCGAGCCCUAACGAACAGGGAUAUCCUCACGACCAUCAUGAAAUAGUUCCGAGCCCCUCUAUCCCGGCAAAAUCUGACGAAAGAGCCCCAUCCUCUGAACUGGCCAAGAAAAGACAGUCUCCUAAUGCCUCGUCUCUCGUUCCCUCCUCUCCUUCCCAACCGGAAGAAGGUAGUGUGAUUGUACCGUGUUCUCUCACUCCGCGUACUCAGGAUAAGAGCAAGAAACCUCCACUGCCAGACUCACAAACACUGGCGUUUGCCUUCGGUGGUCGUCGGAAGAAACGACCCGUCAACGAGACCUCUGAGGACGCGGAGAAUCAGAGUAAGAAGAAGAAGGUGGAAGAGGAGAGAGGGAAGAAAGGAGAGGAGGGGGAUGGGGAUGGAGAAAUGAAAGGAAGUUCAGAGGAGGGAGAGAUUAAGGAAGGAGCGAUUAUGAGUGAGGGUGUGGAAGAAGUUUCCAAGUGCCAGAGGUCGGAAGGCGGUAAAGAAGUAAGAAGUGGGUUACCUCAGUCAACGUCUGUGGGAAAUGGUGGAGCCAACGCCCCCUCCGUGGGGUUAUUCUCAGGUCUGAAGAGCAAAAGAGGAUCAGGUAGAGCAAAAUCCACUACUUCCGCCCCUAGUACCUCCAAACACCAGCAGCUACCACCUAUCAUGGCAGGUCUGCCUCUACUUGAGACCUGCGAUGAUAAUACCACUACCAAUGGACGCAGUGCCGCUGUAUGUGGUAAUACCAACAUUACCACUGCUAAGACAGAGAAGGAGCCUAGCCUGGCACAAGAAAAACUGGACUACCAGAAUGAGAGGAUUAAACAAGAACCUGAAGACGUAGAGAUGGAGAUUGAGGCCUCGUCUGACACACCCGUGCCACGCCCGAAUCCCUCACCUCCGCCCACCACCCAGAUCACUCAGGCAGCUCCGCCCACCACACCCGACCCCACUCUCUUCCUGUCGGCCAGGAAUAGGCGGAGGAAGAGCCAGCGAGAUGAUGUCACCCCAACUCCUGCCCCACCACCUCCCACCUCAUCAUCCAGAGCUGCUUCCCCUCACACACAGCUCACUACUCAGGCCACCCAGAGAUCUCGAAUGUUCACUCCAUUCACCAGUCUAGUGGCGACUGGAGGUCGGAGGACAAAGGCCAGCGAUCAGGAACACACCAGUCUCUGGGAGGAAGUCGGGAGGGACCAAUUGGAUGGGGAAGACCCUCUCGUUAACACUGCUAACGAGGAAGCCCCAAAGAAGGUCUACAAACCAGUAUGCGACGAGAACGGAUUCGUUUGCUCGCGAGUCAAGCCUCGAGUACAGACCAGCAGAGCGGGACGACUGGCAGCGUUUGCAGACAGUCAGCUCUCAGACCAUUCUGACAUGCCCGACGCAGGAGGAGGAGGGGAGGAGGAGGAGGUGGGAAUGGAGGGCAGUUGGCAGAAGUCGUGUUCACCAAACUGGUGGUGGUGGCAGGGGGAGAGAGGGGGGAGAGGAGGAAGGAGAAGGAGAGCAAGAAGAACAUGGGACGGCGUAAUGGAGUCAAGAACUUCAAGAAAUUUAGGAAGGUGAGGCACAUAGGGCAGGAUGCCAUUCCUAGGUUGGUGAGUCUGAAGCAGUAUGUUGCUCCCUCCAGUAAAGAACUACAGGACUGGAUGGUGGAGAUGGAGAAUGCGGAAGGAGGGGAAGAGGACAGGGAACAAGGUUCUUCUCAGGAUCUGUUUCGAUUCACGUUCUCCUCGGCCAAUGGUGGCAGGAGAGACAGGAGAUAGUGUGUAUGCUCUCUUUUUGUCCCUCUCUCUCUCUCUCUCUCCUCUUUCCCUGUCUCUUAAUAGGUCAUUGAGGUCCCUUUUUCAUUAGUCAGCCUGUACUCUCAUCUAUAAUGAUACAGAUAAUUUUAGUUCCCCGGUUUCAACGGGGUUAAAUGACGUCGUUGUGU